AUGGCCAGCGCGAACCAAUUGUUUCUACUAGCCGACCACAUCAAGCUAUCGCUGCUUGAGCGACAGCGAGCUCAGAGUCUCGAUAUCAGUGGCGAUUCAAAUGAUGGACAUAUAUCGCGAUCAUUAGACCAGUUUAAGGACGGUUUAGCAGCGUUAGAAAAUGAGCUCAAGAGAUUACAAGAGGCCGGAGAUGAAGAUGCGGCCCUCGACAUUUCGGAUUCUCUGCCCGGCUUACAGAAGCAGUACGGUGAUCUGACGGCGCAAUUCCACGGCUUCACUUCACCCUCGACUACCGACACUUUAACACACGCGAACGACCCCUCUCUUAACGCUGACUUCGAACACGCGACCCAGAAACCCUCUACUUCCAACUCGAGUCUCAGACCGAAGAAUGCCCGCACCGUAUCGAAAACCGUGCGCUUCUCAGAUAAUCCGUUGAGCCCCAGCGCGAACCCAGACCUCGAGGCGCAGCUCUUCGGCAGCCGGUAUCGCGACAACCCAGACGAUACUAUGGGCUACCGAGAUGAGGCCAAUGGCAUGAACAACGUGCAGAUUCACCAGUAUCACCAGCGAGUUUUGGAACAGCAGGAUGAGCAGCUCGAUCGGCUGGGCGCCAGUAUAGCGCGCCAACGCGAGCUGAGCAUGCAGAUCGGGGACGAGCUGGAUGACCAGGUCGCCAUGCUGGACGAUGUCGAUGUUGCUGUCGACCGCCAUCAGGGCCGGCUCGACCGUGCCAAGCGCCAGGUCAACCGGAUCACACGAGCUGCGGGCGAGAGCAAGCAGAUGAUUGCCAUCAUCGUCUUAAUCAUCAUUCUGGUCUUGCUGAUUGCGAUCUUGAAAUAA